AUGGUGAUCAUGGCAGGGACCGUGAUGCUGGCUUAUUAUUUCGAGUACACGGACACCUUCGCGGUCAACGUGCAAGGCUUCUUCUGCUACGAGGGCGCGUACCGAAAGCCCUACCCGGGCCCGGAGGACCGCAGCGCCGUGCCCCCGGUGCUGCUCUACUCGCUGACCGCAGGCGUGCCCGUGCUGGUGAUUAUCGUUGGAGAGACUGCAGUGUUUUGUCUACAGUUAGCUACAAAGGAUUUUGAAAACCAAGAAAAAACAAUAUUAACUGGAGACUGUUGUUAUAUAAAUCCACUGGUGCGCAGGACCAUCAGAUUCCUUGGAAUUUACGCAUUUGGACUUUUUGCUACGGACAUCUUUGUAAAUGCUGGACAAGUAGUAACAGGGAAUCUUGCACCACAUUUUCUUGCACUUUGUAAACCCAACUAUACAGCACUUGGAUGUAAACAGUAUACACAGUUCAUCAGUAGUGUACAUGCCUGUACUGGAAAUCCAGACCUUAUCAUGAAAGCCAGAAAGACAUUCCCAUCCAAAGAAGCAGCACUAAGCGUAUAUGCAGCUAUGUAUUUGGCUAUGUAUAUCACCAACACAGUAAAAGCCAGAGGAACAAGGCUUGCAAAACCUGUUCUGUGUUUGGGCUUAAUGUGCUUGGCUUUCCUUACUGGAAUCAACAGAGUAGCAGAGUAUCGAAAUCAUUGGUCAGAUGUAAUAGCAGGAUUUGUAAUUGGGAUAUCUAUAGCAGUAUUUUUGGUUGUUUGUGUGGUAAAUAACUUCAGAGGACGUCAGCCAGAGCAUGAACGUUCUCACAUGGAUAACCUGGUGCAGAUGCCCAUGAUCAGCAUACCCCGGGUAGAGAGCCCUUUAGAAAAGGUGUUUCACAACCAAGGUGUUGGUAGCAGUCAAGAAGAGUCCUUGCCCCGGCAGUCCCUCCAAGCUCGCAUCGUUAGGUUCUGCUCCUGGCUAUCAGGAACGGAGCGUUUGGAACGUCUCCAGCUCAGGCAAUGA